UCACUCGCCACCACCUCCAUUGCCCUCCUUUCACCCUAGCCAGGCAGCUCGAUCCUCCGCGGUUCAUCGGAUCGAUCGCUGCCUAGCCUUGAUGGUUGGAUAUUAAUCUUGUUACCUUUAGCUGCGUGGCUGUCAACUGAGCCAUGGCGGCCAUAGAUUAAUCAAUCCUUGUGCUAAGCUUUUCCUUCGUCUGAUCAUCCUAUCCCGUUCUGCCCCCUUACAUUUAUCAACCCCGUUCCCGUCCCGUUCCUCCACUCUCUCUCCUCCUCCUCUCCUGCAGCCCUCUUCCUCUCUCCUCUCUGCAGCAGCUACCUGCUGAGCAGGAUCAAGGGAAGGAGGUGGAGGACGAAGAAGCAGCCAACAAUCAGCCAAGAACUCUGCUGAAGGGUGCAUGCAGAUCGACCGACCGACAAACGCUUUGCAGCUAGGCAGCAGACAAUGAGUUAUUAGGGAUCAGAAAGGCAGAUCAGAGAGACAAGCCUUGAGACAAAAAGCUCAUCCCUGUCUACUAGCUAUUGUAUUGCUGCUCCCCUAGCUAGCUAGCCAGAUCUCUGGAAUUCUUUCUACAAGGUUCCAUCACGCGUCUCACUACUGAUCUCCAUUGAUCAAAGAAAAAGGUUUAGCUGUACACUGAUCUAUCGGACAACAUGAGUGGCAGCACACAGCCGCAGGUCCCUCCGGGUUUUCGGUUCCACCCAACCGACGAGGAGCUUGUGGAUUACUACCUCCGCAAGAAGGUGGCCUCGAGGAGGAUCGACCUAAACGUCAUCAAGGAUGUUGAUCUCUACAAGAUAGAGCCAUGGGACCUCCAAGAGAAAUGCAGGAUAGGGCCUGAGGAGGAGCAGAGCGACUGGUACUUCUUCAGCCACAAGGACAAGAAGUACCCGACGGGGACUCGGACAAACCGCGCGACUGCUGCAGGGUUCUGGAAGGCGACAGGGAGGGACAAGCCCAUCUAUGCAAAGCACUGCUUGGUUGGCAUGAGGAAGACCCUGGUGUAUUACAAGGGCAGAGCUCCCAAUGGCCAGAAAUCCGAUUGGAUCAUGCAUGAGUACCGCCUCGAGACCAAUGAGAACGGCCCUCCACAGGAGGAAGGGUGGGUAGUAUGCAGGGUGUUCAAGAAGAGAUUACCGACAACAAGAAGAGAUCUAGAUCAUGAUGCGCCAUGCUGGUACGUCGACGAUGAUGGGCCCUUCAUGCAUGAUCUCAACUCUCCCAUGAGAGGAAUGCCACCUCACCACAGCAUGGCACUACAAGAACAACACCUCCAGAUGCUCAACAACACCUACAAGAGAGAGCUGAAGCUGCAAUAUCAAAUGCCAAACCAUCAUCAUGUUCUCAACACCAUCCCUCACGAGCUAGAGAGCCCUUCUUCCUUCCACUCUCUUUUGGUAUCGCCAGACGAUCACCAAAUCAAUGUGCACCAUGCCCAGCACCACCAUGUUCAACUUAUUGACCAUGCCGUCGACGACCAAGCUGCCACUGACUGGAGAGUUCUGGACAAGUUCGUCGCAUCUCAGCUUAGUAAUGAUGCAGCCAAGAGUGUCGAUUAUGCUCAUGAAGGAGACAUUCUUCAGCUCAACGAGAAGGCACAAGAGUUGGCAACUGAUUAUGCGUCGACCUCAACAUCGAGCAGUCAAGUUGAUCCAUGGAAGUGAUGAGCAGCGGCACCAAUCGAAUAUACUAGCAUCCCAUCUAUAAUUAUUAUAUUAAGGAGUUACAAUAAGGAUGAUGAUCAUAUAUCAAUUAUUGGACAGAUAAGUAUUUUGAGUUACAUAACGCCAUGUAAAUAAGACUAUUACAUAUGCUGUGUGUAGUGUUGUGCUGCUUACGUGUUUCAGGGGCAUUGUACUAAAUAUACAAUUACAUAUCAGUGUGUUGCUAUAUAUAUGAGAUAAUAUCAUGGAGACCAUAAAGGCUUCAUGAAUUGUGAUUUGUAAAAGGCAACACGGUUCAGUUAUGUAAUUUUAAUCUGUUGGUUUCUCAACGAACUUGAUAGCCAUAUGCCGGCCAGUUGUGCCAAUAUAUAUGCUCGAACACCGACUGUGCUCAUUUUUAUAACAUGACAUUUAUUGUCCGUUGCUAUAAGCCUCAUGUCAGGGAACAAAAAAAUUCAGCAGACUAAACCUUGCAUGUUUCUAGUACUUCCAUAAUAAGAAGUACAAAUGACAACGUGAAGAUCUAGCAGAGACUGUUCAGAAUAACUAGAUCACAUAAGACACCAAUAUUACAUUCAAAUAAAUUAGGCAAAGAUGCAAACAAUGUAAACACUUACUUAAUCUUAAUAAGUAUGACUAAUCAUUCUCCCUCUGUGGUCCGAAGGGUGAGCCAUCAUUCUUCUCUAUGUGGAUGCAUGUGAGUAUGCAUUUAGUUCAUCACCAGCUAAUUCUUUUACAGAAACAAAGGGCUAUGAUGAAGUAUUUAUGAUUACAUGCAUGCUGUAUAUUUGAUUAUAUACGUACAGUGGUAGCUUAGCUUGCUUGAACAAUGUGUGUUCACGAGGAUCACCAAGAAAAUUAUCUAGGUCCCUGGAGUGCAUAUAUUAUAUGAAGUCUUAACUUCAACAGUUACUAAUGCAUGGGCCUGAAAUGUUAGUUUCACAUGUUCUUCACAUUGUUUUAUCUAGUUCGAUACAGGCUAUGUUCUACUCUGCUACGAUCGUACCUAAAUAAAUAAACACAUAUAGACCAAACAUUCUCUAUGUCAAAGUCCUGAAAUAACUCACAGAAGCAACAAUGAAAUGUAGGUCUCUGCUACGAUUAUGGGUACUAGCAAAUAACUGACGCCAAAAACAUGUAGACAUCAGAAAACUUAACAUGGCGUCAUAGUCGCAGGGAAUGAGUAGUCUCAGAGCAGGAUAAUAACUUAGAUCAACAAAGCGGUUAAGUUCAAUCAUAAGAAACAUAUAUGGAGAAGAAAACCGACAUGCAUGGAGGAACUUCUCCAGAUCAUGAUACAGAACAGUCCGGUUAUAUGAUGUUGGAUAGGUAUGAUAGAGAGAAGAGAACUAACUAAACUUGACAUCAUAUAUUUGACAGGGAUGACCUAUAUACUUGACAUCAUAUAUAUGUGUAUCUGUGAUAAUGUCUUCAGAUAUAGCUCUCCAUGGAAGGUAAUGUUAACAGAAUGACAGGUACCAAAAAUCUUCUGUCCAACUAGUUAUCUACAUCACAAGUACUUUAUGUUAAUAGGAACAGAGUAGCUCUACCACUCAGGGAAAACAGUCACUCUUGUUUCAUGAGACAUUCAAACAGCAACUUACAAAGGUAUGAAAUGGGCUUAAAAGCAAAGCAGUUAAUCUAUAGGGCCCUGGGCUGGUUGUAUACUGAGCCACAAAGGCCAAGUGUUUUUCGACAAAAAGAGCUACAGGUAAAGGAAUGACUUUCUGGAGAAGAAUUAAAAGAAAAGGUAAAUGUCAAUCACAAGCCCGGAGAUAUUAACUAGGCUAACCAACGACGUAGCAAUAAGGGAAGAACA